AAAAUACAUUGAUAUUCAAAUUCUGUAGGGAUGGAAAACAAGCUUAAACACCUAUUUUUAAUGAGUUAUAACAAGCUGUACUUGCACACAUGAGAUUAGAUCAAAUCAGAUGAUUUACAAAAAACACAACAGAUGUGUCAGGAGAGGUCAGGAUGCCAUCAGAAGGAGAGUACAUUACAGAAAAAAAUACACAAAACAAUAAACAAUCAUAAAAAAAUACAUAUGUCACAUAAGCUUGUGACUAACAUCAAUAAAAAAAUAAAAAAUAAAAAAAACUGACCAAAGACCACACAUGAGGAAUGGGGCUGAAACAAGUACACUUACAGGAUUGGAGUGUCAUGGAAAUGUCACCAUUCAGGUUUUAGUAAUAUUUUCUUUAUUGAAUGAGAACUUUUUGUUUUUUAGGUUUCCUCAUUAAGUCCGGUCUCAGAGUCUACUAAUGAUAUUACAUUAGUGAUGCGGCUCAGGAUUGGUUGAGAGCGCCACAUUUUCCAAAAGCCCUCUCCGCUGCGGUCUCAGUUGUGGCCUCUAGGCGGCGACAGAGAGGCGUCCUCUCUGUAAAAAAAACAACAUCUCACCUUCUUUCUUUAGUCCAAGUGCUCGAGCACGUUUGAGUGACCAUGGAGUGCUUUUGCUGUCAUGUAGUUCAGCGUUAAUACGGCGUGAAAAAUAUCAGCAGAGAGGAGGGGGGGUACUUUUUCAGCGCAGGAAUACGAGGAGCCAGAGUCGAGCCAUGGCUGCACGGGAGGACGGAGAGGCUUUGCACAGUAAAAUAAGGCACCACGACGGAGCUGGAAGUGUAAACAGCUCAGAGGGCUUCAGGAACGGCUAUGUGAAGAGCUGCGUCACCCCUCUCAAACAGGACCAUCACAGGGGCUUUUUGUUCAACGUGUGCAGGUUUUGCAACGAAGACGUCCUCAAUUCGAAACUGCUCAAGGUGUCUGCCCUUUACGUCGGCGCCUUCGUGGUCUUCGCGGUGUCUUUCCUCGUUUCCAGGGGCUUGCAAAGUGACUCGCUGUGGGAUUUGCGGACUUUCUUGUCGGGCUUCUCCCAGUCCAUCAGUCCCCUGUUCAGCAUAGGAUGUGCUUUCUUCUUUCUGACGUUCUACCUGCGGAGGAAAAAGAAGGAGAGCAGCAAAUGCUGGCUCGUGUCGCUGCCGGCAUCGUGUUACCUCGGGGAUUUUUUGGUUUUGCGGUUCUUGCAAUGGGGAGAGGACCAGCACCAGAUGCAAAUGGUGGGCAGGUUGUUAUUCGUGUUGGGAUGCGUGGGUCUGCUCACGCUCAUCCCCACUCUCAAACUCAAGCACAGUGUUCUCAUACUGGUGUUCGCCAGCGUUGUGUGGCUGGUCUCUUUCACAAGUUUGAGCGGUCUGCCCGCACUGCUUAGACCGCUCUUCGCCUGCUUUGCGGGGGUUUCGGGCUCCCUGCUGGGGCUCUGCUUUGACCGCUACUACCCGACGAGGGAAGCGCCGAGCGGGGUUUCCACCGCGGAGGAAAAGGUCCCCGUGAUCAGACCCAGGAGAAGGUCCAGUUGCGUUUCGCUGGGGGAAACGUCGACCAGCUAUUAUGGCAGUUGUAAAAUGCCCCGCAGACCUUCGCUGCCCUGUAUAUCCAGAGAACAGAUGAUCUUGUGGGACUGGGAUCUGAAACACUGGUAUAAGCCACAGUAUCAGGGUGCAGUAAGCGGCAAUGGCGUGGAUCUUUCGGUUAUUAAUGAGGCCAGGAACCUGGUGUCAGACCUGCUGAUGGACUCGUCUCUGUCACCACAAACCAUCGCAUCUCUGCGCAGCAUCUCCAGCCUCAUGGGGACAUUUUCAGGCUCAUGCCGCCCAAGGGUCAACCCCUUCACCCCCUUCCCGGGUUUCUACCCCUGCGACGAAGUGGAGGACUCUGUAGAGAGGAGUGACAGGAAAACCAUUAAGGGUCUGAGCAGUAGAAACAGCCUCCCUACCCCUCAGCCUAGACGGAGCUCCGCCUCCUCCUCGUGCUCCAUACUCCCUCCUCUCGACUCCGCCUCUUCGCGCUGGGAGCGCAACAGCGGCAAGAGACCCCACCCUGACCUCAGCUUGACCAGCCCAGGUCUAUCUAAUGGGCCAAACGCAAACCUGCUAACCAUUCCCAAGCAGAGGUCAUCCUCUGUUACCCUCACCUACCACGCAGGGCCCAGGAGAGCAGGCACGUCUCCGAGCUUGAGCCCAGUCACCUCACCAACCCACUGUUCCCCCACAGCCAGUACAGGUUCCUCGUCCUCCCUCGUUACUCGGCCGCCUGUGGAGUUUCCGGACACGGCUGACUUCCUGACAAAGCCGAGCGUCAAUCUAAACCUGCACAAGCCGCUGGGCUACACCCUCAGCUCACCUGAUUUCCAGCAGGGCUUUCGUAGCUCCACCUUACCUCUGUGCACCAGCUGUGGUCGUCAGAUGCCGAAGGUUUCUAUUGAAACAGGGGAUUCUCAUCAACUGUUCAGCAGUGAAUCUCAACGCAGGCGCUCAGCAGGUGAAGGCCUGGACUACACAGGAGAGGCUCUGAUCAGGGAAGAGAGCGUGGAGGUGGACGUGUCUGAAGACAGGAGGCCAGAUGCUGCAGGGAACCAGGGACAGACAGAGGAAGAGGAGAAGGAGAAGAGCCCAGGCACAGACCAGCAGACUCAGGAAUCAGAGGGUGAGAAGGAGUUCAGACUAGACCCCAUGCUGGAGGACCACGAGAAUGUCAUGGAGAGGAUGAACACCUGGAACUUCCAGAUCUUUGACCUGGUGGAUAAAACAGGAGGGAAGACUGGGAGGAUCCUCAGCUAUGUGACGUACACCCUUUUCCAGGAUACGUGUCUGUUCGAAAUUUUCAAGAUCCCUGUGAGGGAGUUCAUGACGUACUUCUGUGCUCUGGAAAAUGGCUACAGGGACAUACCUUAUCAUAACCGGGUCCAUGCUACUGAUGUGCUCCAUGCUGUCUGGUACCUGACCACUCGACCAAUCCCUGGGUUCCAGCAGAUUCACAGCGAGCAUGUGACAGGAAGUGACACAGAUUCAGACAGUGGGAUCUCUCCGGGCAGGAUAUCCUACGCCUCCUCCAAAAGCUCCUUGAUUUCAGACGACAGCUAUGGCUGCCUGGCCUGGAACAUCCCCGCCCUGGAGCUCAUGGCUCUUUAUGUAGCAGCUGCAAUGCACGACUAUGACCACCCUGGUCGCACAAAUGCCUUUCUGGUAGCCACUAAUGCACAUCAGGCUGUGCUAUACAAUGACAGGUCGGUGCUGGAGAACCACCAUGCUGCGGCUGCCUGGAGCCUCUACCUGUCUCGGCCAGAGUUCAACUUCCUGGUCAACCUGGAUCACGUGGAGUUCAAGCGUUUUCGCUUCCUUGUCAUAGAGGCUAUACUGGCCACAGACCUCAAGAAGCACUUUGACUUCCUGGCUGAGUUCAAUUCUAAGGUUAAUGAUGUGAACAGUCCAGGAAUUGAUUGGACCAAUGAGAACGACAGACUGCUGGUGUGCCAAGUGUGUAUCAAGCUGGCGGAUAUCAAUGGGCCGGCCAAAGUCCGUGACCUGCACCUCAAGUGGACAGAAGGCAUCGUCAAUGAGUUUUAUGAGCAGGGAGAUGAGGAGGCUAGGUUGGGAUUACCCAUCAGCCCCUUCAUGGAUCGCUCCUCCCCGCAGCUGGCAAAGCUACAGGAGUCCUUCAUCACUCACAUUGUAGGACCACUUUGUAACUCCUACGAUGCUGCCGGCCUACUGCCUGGCCACUGGAUCAACGAGGGGGGAUCAGAUGAAGAUGAGGAUGAGGGGCAGGUGGACACGGACACCGAUGAAGACGAGGAUGAGGAUGAUGAGCUAGAGGAUGAGCUGGCACCAAAGAGGAGGAAGGGUCGCCGCAGGCUGUUCUGCAGCAUCAUGCAGCACCUGACGGAGAACCACAAGGUCUGGAAGAAGACCAUCGAGGAGGAGGAGAAGAGCAAAGAGCUCGGCAAGCAGCAGCAGCCCGACAGCCUGCCGGCCAGCCUGCCCACCUCCCCGUCAGAUGACAUCCAGGUCAUCCAGGAGGAGGAGGAAGGAGAGGAGCGUCAGUAGCAGCAGAACGAAGGAAAGAACAGAGAUGUGUUAAAAAAAAAAAAGAAGAUGAGAGGCAGUACAAGGACACGAGUCCCUCGACCACCUGCCUUUCACAAACACAAACAAACGCAGACAGUUGACAAAUGCACAUAAAACACACUUUGCUCUCUCUCUCUCUCUCUCACACACACACACACACACACAAUAAAAGAUUCACUGUGCAGACACUCAGAUGCUUAGGCAGUCACAUUGUUUUUGGAGAAACAAAAAAAGGCCUUACUACUGUGAGUGGAUCCUUGCUGCAACGGUGGGAGCCCAACUCCUAUGCACUUUCCCCCACCCCCCACCGAGUGCACCGAGAAUUUAAAAAAAAAAAAAAAAAAAAAAAAAUAGAGAGAGAAAGCACCAGAACUGAGGAGGAGGGUGCAGAAGAUGGGGGUCCAGCAUUAACUUGCCCUCCAUGGUGACCUGGCUGUGAUGCUGCCUUGAAUGCAAAGCGCUUAGAACCUCCCUUAGGUACAAAACAAUUCCUACUAUUUAAGAAUGAAAAGGUAGAGGAAAAAUAAUGAAGCAAGCGACAUCAUGAAGUGAUUGAUACCCUUUACCAAAGUGAACAGUUCAAAACACGGAAAGACAAGAGACUGAGACUGUUUCAGCCUCAAUGUCAGGUAUAUUUUUGGAUUAUAUAUAUACAUAUAUAUAUAUAUAUAUAUAUAUCAAAUGUGCCUGUCUGAACCUUUACUGAGUCCACAUCGGCCCAGAGCCUAGGCUUGUGUAGUUCUCUCUCCUAGCUGGCGACACGAAACACUGUAUCAGACUCAGUCACAGAGACAUUAUUGAAAUGUUGACUGAUUAAUAGCAUUAUAUCUGCAUCAUUUUUGAUGCUUUUACUCAUGUGUACCACCCGUCUUUUAUUUUAUUUUAUUUUUUUUGGAUUCUUUGACUCUCCUAGCUUCAUUUUUGUUUUGAGUGUGUGAAUAUUUUUGGUGGGAAUGUGACAGAGAGAAUGAGUGGGGAGAAAGAGAGCACAUUUUUAAUUAUAUUUAGUAUGUAAUUUGUUGUGUGUAUGUUUGUGCGUCCUUUUAGUUCUAAUCAGUGAAAUGCCCUCUUGUGUUUAACACGUCGCAUUCAGAUCAGGAGUGCUGUUCCAAUGAAUGGAUUCUUCAUUUUCCUCCUUUUUUUUUUUUUUUUGAAGUAUUUUUUUUAAAGGUUACUCAGGAUUCACGCAAAAGUUGAAUAAUUAUUUUGCAAGGAUUUAUGUCAUUGAUAUGAAAUACACUUUAAAGUCUAAGGAAAUUAAAGAAUCUAGGUGAAUGAAGUAGUUGGGCAAUCUCUUAAUGAACAACUUGACUACAAACCAAUAGAUGCAAUUGAAAUCCUCUGUGACGGAGGAGCAUACAGUAUAAGUGCUGUCUCUCGGCCAUCCAUGCACUGUUUGCUUAACAGUAACCUUUCUACAAACCUCACCGGAGAAAAAGCUUAUCUGGAUUGUCAGCAGACUGCAGCAACACAACACAUCAUACAAUUCUGCAGUUCUAUAACACAAUAUUGGAUAAAUAUUUUCUGUAUUGUUUCUAACAUCUACUCAUCUGUGUCUCAGGCAUGAGGCAAAAGCUCACCCAGUUCUCCUUUUCCCUUUUUUUUUUUUUUUUUUAGGUUUUUGCCAAACCCAUAACUCGGCCAGUGUGUAAAGAAGGGAUCCAGGGUUUCAUUUCACUUUUUGUUUUGUUUAUUAUAUAAAUAUGUUCGUAUAUAUAAUACAACGUGCCACAAGGCAGGUAAAAAAAAAACAACUACUAGUUCUCUAUUUUUGUCUCUAAGAACUCUUGGCAUUCCACUAGAAUAAGACUUUUUAUGAAAGGGAAGGCAGAAUUGUUGCCUGUGUCUCCUUUAUCACCUUAUUAAAUCAAACUCUCUGGAGAACAUGUUAAGUAAGCAGUGUAAAUUGAGAUAGUAAUAUUUAAAGACAAAAACUAGAUACAGGUGUGCACAUUUUAAUACCAAACAAGUGUUUAGCCGCUGUACAAAAGAGUAUGUGCAUAUAAAUAUAUAUUUUUUAAAUAAUAAAAUGAAUGCAUCUGUUUUCUACACGCAGCUGACAUAUUGUACAUUGAGAUCCUGUAAUUACCAUUGUGUUUCCAGAGUUUUUAUCUUCUUCUAUUUACAGGUGUGGAACUGUGGGGUUUGGUGUUUGGAUUUUUUUUUUCCACUUGGUUCCAGCCUCUCCCUGUUCUGUAUCAUAACCACUCUUGUAUCCUCCAUUAUCUCUCUCUCUAUCACUGUCGUCUCAGUCGACCCAACUAGUGCCAAACUUUACCUACAUACAGUAGUUUGUGGGCUGUGAUAUGCUGAUUGGCAACCCUCUCUCUCUCUCUCUCUCUGGGCUCCAGUACUGUUCGGUCGAGAGAAAACACGCCUUGAGUCAAAUGUUCCACCAGGCUCAGAGUGGCAGUGACGGCUGGUGAGAGUCAGAGUUGGACUCAGGUCAGAGCCAUAUACAUUCUGACAAGUGUGUCGUCAGUUUUUUUUCACAUGGACCCAUGCUGGAUCAUAAAGCCUCGGUAGCUCCCCGACCCGACAUACUCCAGCUCAUUAAGUUGUAAAAGUUUGUUGGCUUCUCACUGUGCAGUCUCUCAAACCACAGUGUCCUCUGAUGAUUGUGCCAUAAAUACAUCUAUGAAUGGUUGUUACCCUUAUGUAGCAUCAAUAUACGUACGUUUGUCUAAUGUAACCAUUCACCCUUAUCUACAUUGUGGGGGCAACUGAUUUUUGUUGUUAUUUAUAGCUGUCAUAAAACACCAUCCCUGAAGUAUCA